CCUCCCUCCCUCCCUCUCUCUCUCUCCGUGCUGCAAACUUCUUCACGCUUGCAUCAACGACCGAGGCCUUGCAUAUUUUUGCUGCCCCUGGCAUAAGCAUCCGGGCACUAGCCUUUGUGUCAGGCAGUUGAGCAGAGGGUUCUGGGAAAAUUCAGCUAUUUCCCGCUAUUUUCUUUCCUGGCGAAAGUUCUCCACACAGCCUCCACUCAUGGCUCAUCCUUUUAGUCGUAGUUUGCUAUGUAGAUUACUGUUCUUGGUGAUGAGUUUAGCUUCUCAGAGAUGUUACUGUGUCCGGACAUUCGAGUUCGAUGUCCACCACAGGUUCUCUGAUCCGGUUAAGGGAAUUCUGGGUGUUCAGGACCUGCCAGAGAAGGGAAGUCGGGAAUACUAUGUUGCUAUGUCCCACCGAGACCGCAUAUUCCGAGGCCGUGGACUGGUUGGUGGCGAUCGGACGGUUCUAACGUUUGCCGACGGCAAUGAAACUUAUCGGCUUAGCUCCUUUGGAUAUCUACAUUAUGCCAAUGUUUCUGUUGGAACACCAGCUUUAUCGUUUCUUGUGGCAUUGGAUACGGGAAGUGACUUAUUCUGGUUACCGUGCAAUUGCACCAGCUGUGUUCAAUCUUUGCAGUCUGGAAGUGGACAGACCAUUAAUCUUAGUAUCUAUGGUCCUGAAGCAUCCUCCACGAGCAAGAAUGUAUUAUGCAACAGCACCUUCUGUGAGCUACAAAGACAGUGCCCUUCAUCUGGCAGUAGUUGUCCAUAUCAAAUUCAAUAUCUUUCAAAUGGAACUUCAUCUUCUGGGGUUCUAGUAGAGGAUGUGUUGCACUUGAUUACAGAUGAUGAUCAGACACAAGAAGACGAUGCACGUAUUACUUUUGGAUGUGGUCAGAUUCAAACUGGUUCAUUCCUGAGUGGUGCAGCUCCGAAUGGUCUAUUUGGACUUGGCAUGCAGAGUAUCUCAGUUCCAAGCAUCUUAGCUAAAGGAGGGCUCACUUCAAAUUCAUUUUCCAUGUGUUUUGGAGCUGAUGGCGUUGGAAGAAUCAGGUUUGGAGAUAAUGGCAGCUCAGACCAAGGAAAAACACCAUUCAACCUCAGAGCAUCACAACCAACCUACAACAUCAGCAUCACUCAAAUUAUUGUUGGAGGAAAUGCUACUGAUCUUGAGUUUUAUGCAAUUUUUGACUCUGGUACAUCGUUUACAUACCUAAAUGACCCAGCUUAUACACAAAUUACUACGAGUUUCAAUUCUAUGAUUAAAGAAAACCGACAUUCAUCAGGCUCUGGCGAAGAUCUCCCCUUUGAGUUCUGCUAUGAUUUAAGUUCAAAUCAGACCAAUUUCGAAGUUCCCAUGUUGAAUCUUACUAUGAAGGGUGGGGACAAUUACUAUGUCAUUAAUCCACUACUUGUGUUGUAUAAUGAGGAUGUUCCAGCCGGAUAUUGCCUUGGCAUCGUGAAAAGUGAUGACGUGAAUAUAAUUGGACAUCUUCAUGCAGAGAACUUCAUGACUGGUUACAGCAUAGUUUUUGAUCGUGAUAACAUGAUUCUUGGUUGGAAAGAAUCCAAUUGUUACGACGACGUGCAUUCCAACUCCAGCAAAUCACCUACCAACAAAUCUCCCACACCUGCUCUUGCUGUGAAUCCUGAAGAUACAUCUAACCAGUCAAAUAGCUCACCCUAUCGAAACCCUUUUACUUUCAUAUUUAUAGUGGUUCUUUUUCCGCUUUUAGCCAUUAUUUAGUAAAUCAAUUUUGUAUUAUCUUAAAUUCAAAGGCAUUCGUUUUAUUUAAAAUUUUCAAGUGCAUUAUAGGCAUUUAGGCUGGUCGAGCACAGGAGAGAAGCAUUAUUGCUUCCGAUUCUUUAGAUCUUAUUAUUAGAAUAAUGUGUUUGUACAUAAUGUUUACAGUUUGUUGAUAUAUAAUAGAAUAGAAUUUAUACGUUUUAGCU